AGGAGGUGUUAGGAAGCCGUUGCCAUGCCACUGACUGGGAGGAGCAAAGAUCAGAGAGGUGGAGAUCAGAGAGUAAAUAGGCAGCCAGUAGUUAGGGGGUUGGCAUUCAGGUCAUAUUUCAGUAGCACUCCUUCUGUUUGUAAUCCAAACCUCACAAUCAGCCAGCAUGUUCUCACAGAGGAACGGUCACUAGCCUCAGGCGGAACUCUGAGCUAUAUCCAACACAGCAAAGGUCUGUUCCAAACAAGUGGUCGUGUUUGCGUAUGUCUCAGCAGCAGGUGAGAACAAACACUCAGAUUGAGAAGUCUGGACAAGCGUUUCCGGUGAGCGAAGUGCUCUGAAGCCCUCUGAGCUGUCAACCACGGCUCACUGCAAACACAGUGACCACCGGAUUUAAAAAAAAAAAAAAAAAAACAGGACGAGGAUAAAGGAAGUAAGCUGAAGCUUUAUUCAUCCACCCGCUGCUGAGUGACGACUUCAUUCAGGUGAUACCCAGGUUGACUCAUGGAACGACAAGACAAGCAGGAGGACUUUGAACCUGAUGUUUGAGGACAGCUGACAGCUUGUAAAAGCCGACUGAUCACCAGACACGUUCAGGAUCUUUUAUUUCAAAUCCCUUUUCCUUUAACUUUGGUCAGCUAAACUUUCUUCUAGGGACUACACCCAAAUCCAGGCUGAGCUGUGUGGUUUGGCUGUGUUGGGAUUCCUUUUUUUCCACUCGGAGUAGAGUAAAGAGGUCGGUGUCAGUGGGGAAGACCAGCCUGCUAUUCCUCUUUUUCCAUUAUGCCGCUUCGGAUAAUUACACCUUCUGGGAUUUACCCUUUGUGCCGGGAUCUCUGAGAUGAAUCCUAGGAUAAAGGUAAUGGAUAGAAGACAUCAGUCUCUAAGAACAGUAUCUGUGUUUUAUCAAUGACUGAGGCAAAAUGCACAAGUGAAGUGUCUUGGAUUAUUGCACAGCUCUUCAGGAUCUGAAUAUCUGAGAAAGACCUCGGUGUGAUUUACACCUCGGGAUCUAAAAGCCUGCAAAGUGCUCCAGAUUUCUCUUUCAAGAUUGACCAUGCAGCUGUGAGGUCAGGUGGCCUUCUGUCCAUUUCAGGUCUUGACCCUGCUCAAUCCUACUUCCAUCUCUCUCCCCCUUUUCUUUUUCUUGUGGAGCAUGCGGAAGGAGAAGCACUCAGGCUCUUUGCGCAAGGAGAAGAAGGAAAAGACCGCCACAGUCACUCGCGCCCUCAGCUGGCUAAGCGGAUCCACCCUUUCACGCCAAACCCGCAAACUGUUCCGCAGCCACAAUGACCUGAACACAAUCUCACGCACAGAACACCGAGACCAAGAGAAGGACGAUGAUGAUGAUUGGGUGUAUGAGCCCCAACACUACAUUGCUGUGUCUAAUCUGGAUGAGGAGAGUAAGUGGACAGUUCAUUACACAGCACCGUGGCACCAGCAAGAAAAUGUGUUCCUGCCAUCAUCCAGACCAGCUUGUGUGGAAGAGCUGCACCGCCAAGCUAAAGUCAACCUCAAAACAGCGCUCAGAGAUUGUGAUAAGCUGAGGAAGGAUGGCUUCCGCAGUUCCCAAUACUACUCCCAGGGCCCCACCUUCUCAGGUUCAGCCCACUCCCGCAGCAGCCAACUGGAGGAUGAGGAUGAGGAUGAUGUUGAUGAUAAGUCAAUUUACUCCUCUGCAGAAGAGGACAAAAGCUCCAGCGCAAUGAGGGCACACACUGUACUAAAGCCUGAGGGGGGCGAGGUAGAUGGGCAGGAGUCAUGCUUCACACCCUUACCCACUCCGGAGGAAAAGAUGAGACAACAAGCCCAGGCCAUUCUGACUGACAUUGUCCCCAUCAAUGUCACAGGGGAGACGUUUGACCGUCAGGCCAGUGUCCGUCGCUCCCUGAUAAACACAGACACUCUGGCCCGUCGGCCCAAGAAAGUCAAACGGAGAAAGACUAUAUCAGGUUUGCCUGACAACAUUCAGCAGGAACUAGCUAAAGGACGAGGAGGGGAGCUCCGACCACAGUCCAUGUUUAUUCCUGGACAGUUUUCAACAUUGGAACGUUCUGGCAGUAUGAGUUCUACGCUAAGGCGCUCUGAGACUAAGGAUAUGAGCUGCCAGACUGAGGAGGUAAAAAUUGUUCCACCAUCUAUGAGGAGGAUCCGAGCUCAGAGAGGCCAAGGAAUUGCUGCUCAGAUGGCUGGCAUGUCAACAUCUGCCACCAAUAUAUCCACAGUUCCAAAAGACUAUUCCCUUGGAUCUCCUGUGCAUGUCAUGGCUCCUCGAUUUAAUGGUGAUCCCCAGCGUUUCCACAGCUUGCCACGGGGUGCCCGGGUUUCUUUGAAUGCAGAGUUCCUGAACAGCAGUAUUUCAUCUAGGCCAGAAGAUAAUGCUGUACCUCGGCAGAUAGGAAAACUCCAAGCUGAUGAGACUGCAGUUCACAUGAGGAACACACCUAGGACUAGCACUUCAGCCCGCCCAAAAUCCCAGGAGGUGAGGGGAUCACAUGGGGACUGGGGGACUGCCUGUGUGGUUUCGCCUCAUGCAGCAUACUCAACAUCAUUUAUCCCUAAUGCAGCAUUGUCAAGUUCGGCUGAGAUGAUUGUCCUUCAUUCUACAUCUAGUCCAGGCCAGCAACUGCAUGCAAGGCCUCUCAGGAUAUCCUCAAGUGUCAAUGGAGAAAGCUCCACCAGUGUGGCCACCAGUGCUGAGACAGGAGAGACAGACAUGCAGGAAGCUGUUCAGUCAGAUAGCAGCCUAAACAGUCACAGUACAAUCGCUGCAGCAUCAUCAGAUGAACAGUGGAUUUAUGAUACCCCUGAGAAUGUGUUGCCCAGAAGACCACUCACCUCCAGCUGCUCCACUCCUAUUAAUCAUCUCUACAACAGCCUGGAACGCUCCUCUAAAGGAACAGACUCCAGUUCACUGUACUCCAUGGACAAUGAUGGUUACUACACCUCCAUGCAUUUAGAUUCAGGCCUGAGGCCAAAAGGCCAUAGCAUUGCAGGCAGGGCAGCACGACAUAGUAUGUAUGAGUGCAUAGGCCAGCCAGGAGACCGUAGCAGCAUUUACAGUGAUCAGUCACUGUCCCGAUCUAUUUCCCUCCGUAAGACUAAGAAGCCACCACUUCCACCAGCGCGUACAGAUUCACUGCAGCGCUUGCCUAAGAAGAAAAAUGGUGUUAAUGCAAGCAAUGGGUCAAUUCUUAAUGAGUCUCUGAUUGCAACACUUCAGCAGUCACUGCAGAAUGGGUUGAAAGGGAAAGGGUCUUUGACCUCACCAUCUCAAAGCCCUUGCAGUGACUAUGAAGACCCCUGGAUGUUGCGGCCUAGGAGCCAAAGUAGCUUAAGUGCAGGCAGUAGUGGUGUGUCAGCUGCAGGGGUAGCUAAUGUUUAUUCCAUUUGUCAUGUCACACCAUCACACAGUGACACCAGCAGCCUGCGUUCUGACUAUGCAGAUUCUUGGGGCUAUUACAUGGAUUACCCUCGUCUGCAUAGUGAUCAGGCACAGUCACCAGCACAUACUAACUCAUUGUCUAAUGGAGGGCAGCCAGGUAGCAUGACAGAUGGACAACAUAUCCACAAUGACAUUCGGACAACUCUUCCUCCUGCUCAGGGGAAUAUGUCAACAAAGCCUCAGGCAAGCACAUCUUCACCAGACAGGGUGCAUCGGUUAACAUCCCCAUCAAGUGGAUAUUCAAGUCAGUCCAAUACCCCAACAGCUGGUACUCCUGUUCCCUCUUUCAUGAGGUCCAUGUCACCCUCUGGCUCGAAGCCCAAGCCACGUGUGCCUGAAAGGAAGUCAUCUUUGCUCUCCUCUGUGUCCAUAUCUUCUUCUUCAACAUCUUUAUCCUCUAACACUUCAGAUUCUGUUAGGAACAGCAUCCUCCCUCUACCUCCACCUCUGUCUAAUGCAUCAGUGUCCCUUUCACCACUCACCCCUGAACCUUUACCUCCACCUCUUCCUUCAAGUCAGACCUUUCCACCUCCACCUGCUCCUCCUUUACCCAGCACCCCACAGCAUGAUGUAUCCUUGAGUCCACUCUCCAUAAAUUCCUCUCCAGAGUUUCCCCCUCCUCCUCCUCCAGAGCUGUUGAAUGACCACAGCAUGCUACAUAAUGGAUCCUUUAACCCCACUCUUCAUCCACCCCUGCCUCCACCACCACCCCUGUCUUCUUCCAGUAUAAAUGCACAUAUUCCCCCACCACCCCCAUCCUUGCCCACCUUGACUCCAAUUAUACCUUCCACAGCAAGCCUAAAGGGAAUAAAAGACAGACUCAAAUCAGUGCACUCUGACAGAAAGUCAGUUUCUGUUCACUCUGAAGAGUUUUCCAAGUCUGCCAUGCCACUAAUAACUCCAUUUGCCCUUCAAAGUGUGCAGCUUCGAUCAGUCAAACAACCAGAGAAUAAGGAGGAUAGCAAUAAAUCCCAAGAGGUGGAAACUGAACAGAUUUCUACUAAGCCUGGCACAAAAGAGAAAUUUGAACAGGUAGCGCAGACCCUUUUGGCCCUGGAUUCUUGCUCUACUCCUGAAAUAAAUGGAACAUUAAAAGAGAAUAUAAUUACAAAAGACAAAAACCCGGCACAGAUACCACUUUAUAAGACAAAAUCAGGAGAAGUGCCCUAUGAAGCAGCUAAUUACCCUUCAGAUGACUUCAUUAACCAUUCCCUAGUUAAAGCUGAGAUGGAUAGUAUGGAGAAGGAGGACAGAACACCACAAAACACCACACCCAAGAAAAAACCUCCAGUGUUCUUCAAGAAGCCCAAAUUUCCCCCUGUCUCUGUAGCUGAACCUGAGCUUAUUGUAGAGAACAAGCAGACACUUGACAUUGCGGAGGAUUCUUCUUUUAAAGCGGUUUCAAAUACUCAAAAAGAGAUGACUAUUUGUGCACCCAACCCAGAGGUUCCGAAAUCCCUGUCUGUGGAGGAGGUAGAGAAAAAUGAUUGCAAAAGUUCUACAGAGAGUUCCUCAUGUGAAAGUAGCAUAUGUCCAACUGCUGGUCAGGUUGAGGAACCCUUCCAGACUCCUACCAGUCAAGAAUCAUCUGCUGCUGUUGAUAAAGCAGUGGGCACUUCAGAGGAAGAAGAAGAAGAAGAGGAAGAAAAUAGAGAUGAUGAUGAUGAUGAUGACGAAGAUGAAGAUGAAUUAAGUAGCACUGCAGGAUCAGUCUGCUCCAAAGAUGAUGGUGAAGUGUUCGAGUCCAAUGCAUCAAACUCCCCACAGACCCCCGGCAUCAACAGUGACGUCUCUCAAGACAUGGUGACUCCCACACGGCCCCGCACCACAGAGGACCUCUUUGCAGCCAUUCACAGGUCCAAGCGCAAGGUCCUGGGUCGUAAGGAGUCAGAGGACGAGCGCCUGCGAGGUCCCUCAUCUCCUCCAGUCACACCAACAGGACCGAGUCCUUCCUUGAACUCAAAUGUGUCUCGUCAGACAGGCUCUAUCCAGCGCAGCCUGCGCAAAUCAGCCACCAGCAGUGACACCUUUAAGGCACUGCUGCUGAAGAAGGGCAGCCGGUCAGAAGGCAGCUUCCGCAUGUCCGCUGCCGAGAUGCUACGCACAACUGACCCACGAUUCCAGAGGACACGAUCACUCGACUCCUCUCUGGAUCCCACUUCACCAGCAGCAGGCCUGGACAGCCCCUGCUCUUCCCCCAGUCGCUGCAAGAGGGUGCCAGAGGACUGGCCCCGGAAUGAGUCUAUACUGCCACGUUACUCUCUGUGUUCCCCCUUGUCCCCUUCCUCAAUGCUGGGGCCAAAGUACAGCCGAUCCCGCACACCACCCUCUGCUGCCAGCAGCAAGUACAAUUCCCGGAGUCGAAUCCUUAGCAGCCCAAUGACCGUCAUCUGUGAGAGGGAGGGAGAAUUAACUGAGAGUGGAGAAGCACUGGAUGAAUCGUGUCCGGUUUCCCCAUUAGUUUCCUCCACACCCAUCCCUCAAGACUCAAAUGGCACUUUAUGUGAGGGAGAGAGUUGAUGAAAAUGACUUUUUUUUUUCCCACCAAAGGGAACAAAUGAACCUCGUCACAGUAACAGAGACUGGCUAAUGGCAGAGGACCAGUGCAUGGGCCAACAGGGGAGCUGGUAAUCUGUCUGCCCCCCCCAGUCAAGGCUCUGGGCCACGUUGCACAAAUCUGGUUGUAUAGUAGGAGAUAUGCAGAGCCACAAGGUGCCUCCUUCAGACUGAUUGUUGUGUGAAGUAGAUCCCAUUUGUCACAGCUCUUCAAUACAUCAUAUCUGUACUAUUUGUGUUCCUGCUUUUCACAAGAGAAAGUGCUUUCCUUUACAGUAGUACACUUAUUUACAUAAAACUUAUUUUUCAUUUUGUUUGGAUUGCUUCUCAACCUCCACUGUUCACAUCAUGAACUGUAUAUUGGGAGCGUGAAAUAAGGACUGAUUUUUGAAUGGGAUGUGGGAAUCAGAAAUGAAGGAAUUUAAAGAAAAUCAUCAGUUUGACCAGUGGAUAGAUUGGCUUUGCUUUGCGGAAUGCUCCGAGUGUUCUCAAGGUCCAGUCCAUCUGCAGUAAUACACCUGAAAUGACUGCUUUAGUUUUGUGGAAAUGGUGAAUUUCAGAUAGACAGACACACUUUCAUGAACUUUGGAAGCCAUGUAAUAGGUUUUCCACUGUUACUGCUAUUUCUUGAGACGCACUGGUUGUGGGAAAGUGACAGGUUCAGCACAAACAGUGUAUUAUAAAGAAGGACUGCUGAAGCUGCACAGUUGAAAUGCAGGCUGAGAGGCUCCAGAAAAAUACUUGUGUUGGAUUUUUAGUGUGUAGGUUUGCACUGUGUUUGUGUUUUUGUCUGUUGGUCAUUUAAAAUGUUCUGCCUGUGUUGGUUGUGAUGACUUUCUACAUACAAAGAGAGCACCUACUUGAACCAAGUAACAUCUGUUUUGUUUGUAAUAGUUUUUUUUUUGUUAACCAAAGAGUUUAAAGCCUGCUGUAGGGAUUCUGGGUAGCUCAGGCGUUUACUGGACUGGGAGCAAUAAAAAGUCUUCUGUAAAGCUUUGCUAAAGAUUAGCGUUUACAUUUCUUAUGUACUAACUCCUCUUACAUUAAAUCUCACUUGUGCAGUUUUAUACUGUUUUUUUUGUAUAUAAACAAAAAAUAUUAAGAAAUAACCUCUGGAUUUAUUUUCAAAGAAUUUGUACACCCUUGCUAGAGGAAGUGGCUUUCUUUUUGUAGAGUAUUUAUUUUAGAUUAGACAGAAUGUGAUGUGAUUGAUGUGAGGGAUUUUACAGAUUUGCAGCUAAUUAUUUAGUAAGCAUUACAUCACUGAUCUCUCUCAGACUCACAGGUCUGAUUUUGAGGCCUUUAUUAAGUCUCGUUCUUGUCCUUUUCAUCCAAGAAACCAAAAUCACAGUGACAAGGGGAAGAAGGCUGCUAACCCUCUUGUGUAUGUCUCUCUAAUAAAAAAAAAAAAAAAUGGUGACGUUUAAAAAUGGCCGAUCUCUGUGUUUGAUUCACUGCCACCUGUCAGCCAGUCGGAAAAAUCACACUCAUUAUGUGCGUAUCCAUGGUACCCAGGGCCAUUAGUCAUUUCUAAAGGUUUCUGUGGGGUCAACGCUGAUUGCUCCGUCAUGUCCAUCUCUGGUCUCACAUCACUAAGUCCAGAAGAUACCAAGCCCUUUCGAUGGUUAAGUCUUUAUAACUUCUCCCCCCCCCCCCAUGUGAAUAAAUAAUGUAAGUCAGCUUCAUUAGCCGUCUACUUAUGUUUAAAUCAGUCAGAGAAUUUAAAAAAAACUAAAUCAAUAGUUGAUUUUAAGAUCUUGUUAUAAUUGUAUAAACAUUAAUCUACUUGGCUCUGAAUGAAUUAAUGUAAUUCAUGAUAUAGUUAGGAUUGGGCAUAGGGUGUAGGGUUAUAUGCCAAAUAAAUAAAAAUAUGCUUAAAUAAAAAUAUCAUUCAUGCCUAUAAAUAUUGGAUACUGAUGUGGAUCUUGGCUAGGCUAGGAAAUAUAUAUAUAUUUCGAUUUUAUAUGGGGAAAAAAAUGAGUAAAAAUUCCACUAAACAUCUUCACCGUCAUGGAUUUGUGGUUUAUUUAAUCUAAUCAGUUGUUGCUCUGCUGUAUUGUGUGCAGCAGUAUAAAAUCACAUACUAAUUCUAUUACUGUUUACAAUUUGAACACAAAAGCAUUUUUUAAAAGAAACCCUUUUGGAUACACACACACUCCCUAUACUCAUGGUUUUGUGAUGCUGUGCCACAGAAGUAAUGGAUCCUGGUGGUAUUUUGGCUCAGCAUCAGCACAGAGUAUAAUUGAGUUUUCACACAGUGCUGAGUGCAUGAACAUGAUAUUCAGGCAACAUUUGCCUCUAAAAUAAACCUGAUGACAGUGCAGAGUCUACAUGUGGAUCAGUGAAGACUUGCUCCCUGUAGCUGUGCUCAUGUCCUUAACACCUUUUAAUCUAAAAUCAUCCAUGCUGAGAGAGAUUAUACAUCUAAAAGAGCAAUAUUUAUUAGACAAUGAGUAAAUGUUACAACAUUCAGUACCAAAAAUCUUCCAUUAAUUGUAGCAGAAAGUGUAUCAUUUUACACUGAGUUAAUCAAUAAAUGUAAAGCAUUUUGUUUAUGAAAUUAUGAUUAAAUAAUUAAAGUGUCUUUCACAGGUUAGAAUCAUAGUACUUAAAGGCUUUAAGUUGGGAAUAACAGGAAUCUGUUGUGGAAUGUUCACAUUAAACUGGUGAUGUGAUUAGUGAUAAGUAAUGCCUGGCCACACUAGUAGUUAAUCAGGCUGGUGAUCAUGAACUUUUUCUUGGUCAUAAAUAGUUACCCUCCCAGACUGUCCUGUGGUUUUGGUUGUGUAAAAAUCUAAUAUUAACCCCUCCAGUGAUCUCGCAGGACAUUACUGGCCAGCCUGAUCUACAUUUAUGCCCUUAUCCAGACUGAUGUAGAAAAAUGUUCUGAAUACUCCAUCAAUGAAUACAUCACUCUAAAAUCAUAACUAUUAGAAAUGUUAAAAAUCUCAAGUAGUGUGUUUGAACACAGACUGUGUCGUGAGAAAAACACAGUCUUAAUAUAAUGGCUGAAUGGCUUAUAAGUAACGACAGCUGAACUGAACUGACCCCCACUUCCCCAUUUUGGUCACCUGCCAAUUCCCAGCCAGCUCUCCUCAAAGAGAUCCUCAGCUUCUCUCUCACAACAGCUACCAAGAUGGCACCUGCCUCCUCAGUGACGUGAGGCUAGCCAAACAGAUCUUAUGCUCCAUUAUAGGUCAGUGAAACACCAUCACAAAAAGGUACAAAAAAGAAAGGAAAAAAGACCUGCUGUACUGUAUAAAUCCUCUAGUGUGGUCUGGGCAGUAGUGCAAUAAAAAUCACAAAUAUAACACACCUGGCUAAAAAAUAAGUGUAAAGAUUCAUUAAAAAAGGAAACUGUAGACAGUUACACAUAGUAAUUAUGCAAAGGAUUUACUGGUAUUUGGCUUGAUAGACAAAUAGAAAAGUGAACACGAGGACCAGAAGACUUAAAAUCACAUCAC